AUGCCGAUCAGACGUUCUUUCACUGAUCUGGAGCUGAACUUAAGUGUUAGACGAGACUUUGGGAGUCACAUGAGGGAGCAGCUGAAGGCUCAUCCCGUUCCUCCUCACACAAAGGAGCACAUACCAUCCUCCAUCAGCAUGAUCCUGCUGAUGGAGGAGGUCCUUUCCAGGUCCCCCCCGUAUGAUGAGCUGUCUCCUGGCAUCUCCUCCUCACUCUGUGCUCAGAGACACAGCAAACCUCAUGAUGACACCCAUGGAUGUCCUCGCCUGUUCCACCUGAGAGGCUGCAGGAGCCUCGACCCCGACCAGAUGAGCGUUUCCACAGAGUUCAGCUACCAGACCGAGUCUGACUGGACGUCCGUGAUCAGCCUCGACAUGAACGCGGCGCCGGGAAGCCCGAUGUCAUCCUCCAAACACUCCAAGAGUUCGGAGGAGAAGAAAUCAGUGUUCGUCCGUUUCACCAACUUCUUCAGCUCCAAGAGGAAGAAGAGCAGCAGCCGGAAUCAUUCGAGCACCUCCACCGACAGCUCCCCGGCAUCCCCCUUGUCUCCAUGUUCGGCCCAAUCUGAGCCAGAAAAUGGGUUAAAUGCUGAGCACAGCGACACUGUGAGCCAGAGCUCCAGCCGGAGUGCCUCCAGCAGGGCCUCGCAGGUCACAGUAGAGGCGGACUUGCCGUUUGCAGACAGUAACAGCACCGGGAGAAGCAGCGUGAAGGAGCUGGAUGCAAUCAUGACUUCCACAGACCCUGCAUCUGCCACCGAGCCAGAUCCAGAUCCCGGUUUGAAGUCAGAAGUGGGCUUCGCUGAAUCCGUGGUGGAGGAAGUGAGCAAACGGCUGCAGGUGAAUUUGGAACAAAAAGUACUGAAGAGACCAGAGAGCAGCAGUGAGGAUGAUAUCAUCAGCCCGACCACACUGACGUCACUUCAGAUCCCACUUUCCAAGGCUGUGGAGUCCCCAAAGUCUCCUAACCUAACCUCCAUAAGCUUAGCAUCAAAGAAAGCAUCGGUGAAGGUUGGAGAGAAGGGCCACAGCACGGCGCUGAGAGGAAUAACUUUGUUCAAACAGGAGGGAAAGCCUCCGGACUGGAAGAGGGAAAACUCAGGAGGACCCAGGACGAGCACUCGAAUAUCCACCAGCAGCCUGUCGGGGGAAAGUGCAACCACGAGAGAGGAAAAACCCCGAGGCAAGUCUCCUGUCUUGUUCCACAAAGCCAUAUGGGUGGAGACACACCUGGGAGAGGAGGAGGUGGAGUGGGAGAAAGAAAGGGAUGUAAUGAAAAAGGAGGAGGGCUUUAGAGCAGACUCGCCUCCUCAUUUGGCCGUACCUGCCACAGUAAUUCCAGAGGACGACUCAGAGAAUGAGGGAGCACCAGAGAGCCCUCCCACCCCCUCAGAGACUCCUCCGCUCAGUGGCAGCCUGCCACAUUCACUCUUCUCCCUGUCACAGACUGUGGGGGAGGUUCAGACCCCCACGGAGCAGCCGGAGGGGCCGGACACAGACUCAACAAGGAGUUCUCCUCCGGUUCAGGAGCGACACCGGACAAGAUCAAGCCGGGUCACACGCAGGACUGUGAGUCUGCCUUCGAAGAGCAAAGCUGUUGCCGAGGUGCACACCGGCCCCAAGCCAAGUGUGGACGAAGGCUCAACUUCAAAGAGCUCAAACACAACAGAGGCGAAACCAUGGCUGAUCCUCCAAAACAACAACGAUGCUGAUUUUAAGGACACAACCCUCGAUUGGCCCACACGAGAAGACGAGUCUUCACCCUCUGAGGCAAUUACUCCGGAAGCCAUAGUUAAAGGUAAAACAGACUUGGAGGCCUCAGACUUCGAUGACACUUCUGCAGCAUCAGACAUGUACAAAAAGAAGCCAGCAGCUGCAGAAGCAGCGGCGAGAGGCCAAGCAGCCGACCAGGCUGCAGCCCAGAAACGAGGAGUUAUAGGAGCAGCAGAAAGCCGGCAUACCACGGCGAGUGGAACAAAGACCCCGACCUCUGCAGCUGGAAACAAGGCCAAGAAUGUCCCAACAAAGGCAAAGGGCUCCACAGAGGGCACAAAAGUGGAAACUUCCAGUGAUAAUUCAACACAAAGAGACAGAGCGGUUGUUAUGUUGCCAGCAUUAAAAGACCAAACCCGCGCUCCCUCCGGUGCUGCGGGUUCAAAGUCUAAAAUCCCCAAAAGAUCAACAUCAGACGCAGACGUGAAAUCGCCAGUGACACCAGAUAAGACAUCGGCGCCGGACACCUCAGGGCCCAAACUACAAAAACAACCUAGGACCAAAGAGACUCUGAAAUCUCCAACAACUGCAGCCAGACCUGGAAGGAAACCAAGCUUUGAGGAAACCAAAGGAGGAAAAUCGGUGUCGGGGAACAUUUCUCCCACGAAAACUAGGACCGGAACAAAACUCAGUAAGGACAAAUCAGAUGAGGACUUUGAGUCUGUGAACUUGCUAAAUGACGUGGAAAAUGAGGAGAGAAGCGGUAAAAGUGGACACCCACCACACGGGGAAAGUCCGGACGUCAAAAAAACACAGCAGCAGAACGAUGUGGAGAGCCGGCUGCCCGUUUCAUCUCCGACGAGAAAGAAGGUUGAUAUAACCCAUAGAAGGGUUUCAUCGGGUCAGAUGGACUCGGACAGACCUAAAACAGUCCAGAAGACAAGUCGAGAGCAGAAAGAUGCAACAGCUGACGAGAGUCCUGGGAGUGAGACGCCGCCACCGCUACCCGAAAGUCCAAAGAAAGCAGGAAAUGUCCCACCAGUGAAACCACCCAAAACCUUUUCUAAAAGAAUCCAUGGUGAGAGCGAUACUCCGACCUCCAACAUCUCUCCACCUCCCACCAAACAAGAGAAAACCGUCUCAUCAAGGAUCUUUAAAUGGAACGAAAACAUCAAACAGCACCAAAAAAUGCCUGCAAAAGAUUCCCCUGAGACUUCGUCGUCUGUGAGCAAACUUCCCACAAGAGGCCAGAGAAGCUCCAAUAAACUAAAACCCAGACAACGUUCCCAAAGUGGGAAUUCUGAGGACUCAAAUCACAACACAUCGACAGAGACGGAUGUAAAAGCACCUGAAAGCGUCACGGCGAAUGAGCGUGACAGUAAAGACGUAUUUAAAUUCAAGUCGGAGGGAGAGGAAUGUAUUAUAAAACACACCGAUGAAACCAAAGUGAAAGAAAAAGAGAUCGGAACCAGUACAGCAACUGAAGACAUUUCAAACAUCCAGCGGUUGCAAAACAGCGACGCAGUUAUUACAGAAAGUGCUCCGGACACAGGAGCCGAGGUGCAGUUGAGCUGCGAGAUCGACAAAGCAAUUCAGUCUCAAGUUACUGAUGGAAGUCGAGCGGAAAACGUGUCUGUUAUUCAAAAUAAAAACACAACACGAGAACCGAAAUCCCCGUCACUGAAAACACUGAAGCUAACAGGAAACAUGAAUAAAAACACGGCACCACGAACUCACGACACAAAACAAGCUCCUGAGGAUGAAGCUGACAUGCUAAGCAAACCCGCUGAGGGUGACAGCGUUCAAAGGGAGAUACGUGGACGUAUUCCUGGUAAUAAAAUAAAAGCAUUCACUUCCAAGCAAAACAUAAACGGCAGCAGUUUUCCUGCUAAACUGAUGUCAAAGGAUGACUCAGAUCAGUCUAAACCAGCCAAUACAGAGCAGCAAAAGGCUUUAUCAACGGAGGAUCAAUUAACAAACAAUAGGGACACGUCCCUGACAUUAAACAGGGCCUUAGCAAAAGAUGUUGAAGUAGAGGAGAAAAGCAAAGAGGAGGGUGGCAGGAAACCAGCAGAGAGGUUGGGCAUUCAAACAGAGGCUGUGACUGUUGGUGAAUUGUCCAAGAAUGUUGAAAAUCAGUUGCACAAAGAGGCUCUUUUACUCGCAGGAGGAUCUGAAGGGAAAGGCUCAAAACCAAAUGAAACGCUCAGUGACACAGCAGUGGAAAGCACUGAGUCACAGAAUAGUUGCAAAGAGGCGCUCAAGGGCAUAACCGCAGAGAGAGCCAUAAGAAAUUCAGAGAAAUCAGCACAUCUGUCAUCAGAGGACAGAGGUUUAUCAGCUGAAUCCAAGGAAGAAACACACACAGGGAUUACAAACGCUCUGAAAGAACAAACGAGGGAGGAGCGAGCAAUACUCCAUGAAACUACAAAACAGCAGCCUGAGAUGUCUUUGAAAGAAAACACAGAGAGCAGCGGUGAGAAAACAAAAGCAUCAGAAGUGAAAAAUGAAUCCAAACUGCUUCUGACAAAAAAUGAGGAAGUCGGAGGUGAAGACACAAGUCUGGACGACAAACAUGACAGAGAUGUAAAAGGAAAACGAACUCCAGAAGUAAAAGACAUGAACAUGUUCGAUGCUGAAGCUGAUAAAGAAAAGAAGACUUUAUUGAACGUGGCUCAAGAAAACAAGAAGGCGGCCGCUGCUAAAGACCAAGGUGAGGACAUUACAAUAAAGGCUAAUCUAAAUCAGGACCUUGCAGAGGUGAAAGCCUCAAAGAAGACAUCAGAAAAACAUAUUUUAAAAUCAGAUACAACUAAAGAAGUAAAAGCUGCCAGCACUGAAGCUACAGAGGAUUUGUCAAUGCAUAGCUUGGUGAGUGUGACUGAAGCUGUGAAUGCUGAUAUUAAAUCUAACAUCCAGGAAGACCAAAAGUCCAUAAUUGUUGGAGACCUGGAUAAGGACACAACAAAACCAGUCAAAGAUCCAGAUGAUAAAUUAGACCAGAAACCAGAAAUGGUAAAAACUGGAGGUCAGGAGAAGAUGCUGAAGAGCCGGAAUAUGGAUGUUAUUCAAGACCAGACUUCUCUAAGUACUGAAGACACCAAAGAAAAAACCAAAACCAGUGACCUGUCAGUGGACAGUCUGGGGAAUGAUGCAGUGACUGCAGAUAAUGAAGUUGAACUUCGAGGUGAAAGUAUAACAAAACCAGCCCAAGAAAAAUCACUUCAAGAGAAGACAUUGGAGAGCCAAGAAAAGGUGAUAGUUCAAGAACUGAUCUCAGUAAACACUAGUACAGAAGGUACCAGAGAAAAGACAGAAGUCAGUGAUUCAUCAGUAGAAAGCCUGAAAAAGGAGAUGGGCGAUAUGAAUGCUAAUAUGAAUGCUAAUAGUGUUAGCAAACAACAGACUGACCAAGAUGGAAAUGUUACCAAACCAGAGAUUAACCAAUCAACAGGUUCAAAAACCAAAGAAAAGACAGAAAACAAGGAUGGUAACAAAUCUGGUCUAAAAUCUGGUCUGAAAAAGCGAGUGGGAAUAGUACAACCAGAGUCUGUCGUGCAGGCAGAAAUCCAGAUUCAAGACCUAAAGGCUGUCUGUGUGGAACCUAAAGACAAGAAUGAGACCAAGGAUUCAUCAGCAGAAAGCUUGGUGAACAAGCCAAGAACUUUGGGUACUAACAGUGAUGCUGGAAUCCAACAGGACCUGAAGUCUGUAAAGGUUGAAGUUGACAACAAAGAGGAACUGACCGAAUCUAAACUUUAUGAAUCUGAACAGAAACCAGAGACGGUCGGAGCAGAAGUUCAGGUUAAAACAACAGAGAUCCCAAAUACAGACGCAACCCAAGAACUGACCUCAGGUGGCUCUGAAGGUGCCAAUGAAAAGACUGAAGUCAAAGUUGCAUCAACUGCAAAUGCUGAUAAUGAUGUUAGUAAACAGCAGGUCCAGGCUCCUGUAACCGUUAACAACCAAGAUGGGAGCAUAACGAAACAAGAGAGUGACAAAUCAGCAGAAUCCACAAGUCCAACAUCUGCUCUAAAAGCAGAAUCUCUGCAGGAGGCAGCAGAAAGUCAAAAUCAGGACCUAAAGGAUGCUGAUGAAGCUGAAGAGAAAGGUGACACCAAGGAUUCAUUUGCAGAAAGCUCAGUAAAUAAGACGGCGGCUUUGCAGACUCAUAGUGAUGCUGGAAUCCAACCUGUAAAGGCUGAAGUCCAAGACCAGAAAGAACUGACAGAAUCUAAACUUCAUGAAUCUGAACAGAAACCAGAGACGGUCAGAGCACAAGUUCAGGUUAAGACAACAGAGAUCCAAAAUACAGACGCAACCCAAGAACUGACCUCAGGUGGCUCUAGUACUGAAGGUGCCAAUGAAAAAACCGAAGUCAAAGUUGCGACAACUGCAAAUGCUGAUAAUGAUGUUAGCAAACAGCAGGUCCAGGCUCCUGAAACCAAGGAUUCAUUAGCAGAGAGCCUGGUGAGUGAGGUGGCAACUAAAGUUAGCGACAAGCAGAAUGCAGACAUGACAAAACCAGAACUGAAUAAUUCAACAGAAUCCAAAUGUCCACAACCUGGUCUACAACAGGGACCAGAGACUGCAAAGACAGAAUCUACAGAUGACAUGGAAAGCAAAACUCAGGGUUCUGUGGAAAAUAAAGGGAGUCCUGACUCCAAGAUCUCAUCAGCAGAGAGUUUGGAAAAUGAAAAGGCUAACAAUGAAAUUAGCAGUCAAAAGGACCAGAAGAGCACACCUGUCAAAGUUGUGCAAAUAAAGAAACCAGAGACAAUUACUGAACCUCACACAGCUCCAGGUACUAACCAGGAACCGGAAUCAAAGGCUGUAGCAACAAAGGAUCUGAAGAAAACAACUAAAGAUCCUGAAUUAACUGUAACAUCAAGUGUUUCCAUGGCUGGAAAAGCAGCUGGCAAACAGGAACAGAAAAACCUCAUUAAAGAGGUUGUUGGAGUGGAUGAGAAACUAAAGGCUUCAAAGAUGAAUGCCAAGAAAGAAUCACCCACGGUUGGUUCCAGCGAGGUGUUCCUGAAGGACAAAGACACAAAAGAAAAAAGAGAAACAGAUGUUCUAGGUAGUGCUUUCAAAAAAGGACUACAGACUGCAGAGAAAUCAUCCACUUCAUCCCCAAGUCUGCAAUCAAAUGCAGACUUUCCUUCCAGCUGGUUAGAUGUGGAAUCUCAUCAGAAGAAGAGAAGGGUCCACAAAAGAAGAUUUAACAAGUCCGCUAGUGUGGAUGACCCUCUUGAUGCCGAUGAUUUUAUCAGGAACAUUAAGGAAGGUGGGAUGCCUUUCGCACUGCCUCCAAAGAAGCAUGUUCAUAAAAAGUCUCAACCUCCACAUUUUGUCUUGCCGGCCAUUAAGGAGGACCACUUCGAGAAAACGUUCGAUCCUGAGGAAUUCCAGUUUGGCUUAAGGAAAAAUGGACGAACCUUUAUUGACCUUUUACCUACGACAAUUCUUAAACAAAAGGGAAAUCAAAGGAAUGGCCAAACUCUGGAAAAAAAUGCCACACCCACUCUUGAACAGCAAGCAAAAACACUUGAUGAGGUUGAAGGUAAAUCUGCACUCCAGGAGGGGGCCAAAGCUGAAGCAGGAAAAGAGGGGCAAGACAAUGGAGAAGAGCCUGUGAAGCUUACGUCAAGACUUAAUAAGAUUUCCAUCCUCUCCAGCUUACUUACCACUCGUUCCACCAGGAAGAGUACAGAGGAAGUUUCCUCUGCCUCAAAUAGCACACCUUCCUCUGACCAGCAGCAGGGCAUGCCCUCACUCAGAAAUGUGGAAGCUGCUGAUUCAUCAAAGCCUGAGGCCACACACAUGGGUGGGACAGGCGUAGAUCAAAGCCCGGUCACAGGAGGUGGUACAGGAAGAGUUAGUGAGUCAGUCGUUAGCUCCUCCUCUCCUCCUCCUCUUGUGCUGCCCUCGUUCUCUGACAUAAAGCUGCCUGAACAUUUAGAGAAAUUACUGAAGAAGAACAAAAAAGAAACGGAGACCUCCACAGCGCAGACAAUUCAAACUAACCAGAAUACAAAGGAGAGCAUCGCUAUGGACCAGGACCUGAUAGCAGGUCUAUCUAAAGUGGAUCUGAACCUGAAGAGCCCUGAAGAACUUCCUCCAAUCACCAACUACAUCCAGCAGCGCCCUCCAAAUGGAUUUCAAAAGACAACUUCAAAGCCAAAGAUUCCUGCAGUAAGAGGGUUCCACAAAAGGCCUGGAAAGAUCAUCAUACAUGAGCAUGCUCAGUUUGGAGGAGAGGCCUUUGAGCUCUACUCUGAUGUAGAAGAUGCCACCACCAUGAAGCUGUCCCCCAUCAUAUCAGUCAGAGUCAUCAGAGGAUGCUGGGUCCUGUAUGAGAAGCCUGGUUUCCAGGGCCGUAUCAUCGCUCUGGAAGAAGGUCCUACAGAUGGCAUCGUGAAUGUCUGGGCAGAGGAGGAAAGUCCUGCAACGCUAGAUGAGAUAGGUGAAGCUAUUCCCACAGCGCCUGUGGUCAUCGGCUCCAUUCGACUGGCAGUGAGGGACUACAGCAUGCCCCAGAUUGACCUGUUCUCGGAGGUGAACGGCUUGGGCAGGAUGGCGUCCUACUUUGACGACACCGUAGAGGUCAGCUCCUAUGGCAUCCCACAGACCACCGGCUCCAUUAAGGUUCAUUCUGGAGUCUGGCUGGUGUACACCGAUCCAGGGUUUGGAGGGUUCGUGGGCGUGCUGGAGGUGGGAGAGUAUCCCUGCCCGGAGGCCUGGGGCUUCCCUGAGCCCUUCGUAGGCUCGCUCCGACCCCUCCGAAUGGGGCCGAUAAAAGUGGAGCGUCCCAAUGAAGUCAAGGCCUUACUGUACGAAAAGCCCAACUUUGACGGCGAGUGUUUAGAGAUUCACAACGACAUCUACAACGUACAAGAGCCGGACGAAGAAUCCGACGAACCUGCUGUGAACAAGAAGACGCUGUGUGCAGUCGGGUCUCUGAAGGUCCUCGGAGGCCUCUGGGUGGGCUACCAGGAGGCAGACUUUGAAGGCCAGCAGUACAUCCUGGAGGAGGGGGAGUACCCUCACUGCAGCCACUGGGGGGGAUCUGAGGACGGGCUGCAGUCACUUCGGCCUGUAAUCGCAGUACGAUUCACUGCAGAGCUUGUGAUGCAGAUGAAAACAUGGAGGCUGUGGUUUCAUUUCUUAGCUGGUUGUCGUUGCAGGUGGGUGGCCUUUGAGAAGCCUGGGUUCAGCGGAGAACUCUACGUCCUGGAGAAAGGCAUGUACGCAAACCCGGAGGACUGGGGAGCUCAGAACUUCAGGAUCGCAUCCAUACAGCCCGUGUUCCACGACAGCAUGGGAACCACAAAAUUCAAGGUCCAGCUCUACUCUGAGGAGCACUUCCAGGGACGGCUGGUGUGUCUGGAGGACAGCGCGGCAGCUCUGGAUGAAGACUUCACACCCAGGUCCUGUAAGGUGCUGGCUGGCAGCUGGGUGGCACAUGAGGGAUCCCAGUUCACGGAGAACAUGUACAUCCUGGAGGAGGGGGAGUACCCCAGCACAGAGGCCAUGGGCUUCUUGUCCUCAGACUCGAGCUUCCGGUCCAUCCGGACUGCAGGACAUGAGUUCUCUCUGCCGUCCAUCGCCCUGUUCACGAAGGUGGGCUGCAGAGGUCGCAGGGUGGUGCUGACGCGCGAAGCUGUGAACCUGCAUCAGGCCGGCCUGGACGCUCGCAUACGCUCCCUGGUGGUGGACGGAGGAAUGUGGGUGUUGUAUGAGGGCAGUAACUACAGAGGUCGACAGCUGAUCCUCCAACCAAGCCAAGAGGCUGAUUUAUUUCAGCAUAGCGGCUUUCAGCGAAUUGGAUCCCUCCGGCCUUUACUGCAGGUAAGUCCUGACUGGCCCAUUUAACGCCAGCACCUGAGA